AUGGCGGGGCAAAAAUUUCAAUACGAUGAAAGCGGUGGCACAUUUUAUUAUUUUCUAUUAUCCUUCUUGGCAUUAAUACUUGUACCAACGACUAUUUAUUAUUGGCCACGUAAAAAGAAGGAAGAUCCUAAUAAACUUAAAGAGGAAUGCCAAUGUCCGGACUGUAUAAGAAAGAAAGCCAUCUUGGCACAAGCGGAGCCAUACCGUAUGCUGAAGUCAUUCCUUAUAAAGCUAUGUAUAGUUUUUGGUUGGGCACUACUCAUAUUACUGGCUUAUCGCGUUUCGCAAUUCGAUUAUGAAAUGGCCAGUUUUGAUCCAUUUGAGAUCCUGCAGCUGCCACCAACUGCAACUAUGGAAGAAAUAAAAAAAACUUACCGCGAAUUGUCACGAGUCUUACAUCCGGAUAAGCCAACUGGAGAUGAGAAAUCCUUUAUGAUGCUGCGCAAAGCCUAUCAGGCUCUCACCGAUGAAACAGCCAAACAGAAUUAUGAGAAAUAUGGUAAUCCAGAUGGGCCAGGUGCUAUGUCGUUUGGCAUAGCGUUGCCUUCAUGGAUUGUGGAAAAAGAAAACUCGGUUUGGGUGUUGGGACUUUAUGGUUUGAUCUUCAUGGUGGCUUUACCAUCUGUUGUGGGCAUGUGGUGGUAUCGUUCCAUUCGUUUUUCUGGUGACAAAGUUCUUUUAGAUACCUCGCAAAUGUAUUUCUUUUUCAUACAUAAAACGCCACAUAUGCUGCUGAAGCGUGCGCUCAUGAUUUUAGCAGCUAGCUUGGAAUUUGAUAAACGGCACAACUCGCAAGUAGUCGAGCGGCAAUCUGACAAUGAAGAAGUACCAGCACUCAUUAGGCAACUGCCUAAUUUGAAUGAGAAGUGCAAGGAACACCCUCUAUGCCGAAUGUAUUCCAUUAAAGCACGAGCAAUUUUACAUGCUCACCUAUCACGCAUUUCAUUGAAUCCAGAAACUCUAGAGAAAGAUCGGCAGUUUAUUGUAAAAAAAUGUCCAUAUCUUAUUCAAGAAAUGGUUUCCUGUGUACAUCAGUUGGUAAUGUUGGCAUACGCGAGACGAGUUCCACGUCUUCCGAGCAUUGAAACAAUAGAAAAUUGUAUGAAACUGUCACCUAUGAUUAUACAAGGUCUAUGGGAGUACAAAUCCCCCUUACUUCAGUUACCUCACCUCACAGAAGACCAACAUCUUUACUAUAUAAAUAAAAAGCGGCACAUCAAGAAUUUGCAACAAUUCGCACAGUUGAAACCCGAUGAAUGCAGACAGUUGUUAAAAAGUCUUUCAGAUUUUGAGUACGAAAAUGUAAUGAAAGUGCUGGGAAAAUUGCCAUUGAUUGACUUUUCCAUUCGUUGCGAAGUUAUUGAUGAUGAGAAUACUAACGUAGUAACAGCAGGAGCUAUAGUAACUGUUACCGUAACGUUGGUACGUAAAGAUAUGAAGACGUUAUUUGGAGAUGCAAAAGUACCAGAAAAGCAGGGUAUCAAGGAUGAUGAAGAGGCAACAGGUGGUGGAGACGAUGAAGAAAAUUCAGCUGCUGCUGCAGUACCCGUUAAGAAACCAUCUGCCUGGGGAAAGCAACGUAAAGGAAAAGGUGGCAAAGGUGGUAAAAAAUCCGCAAAUAACCAAAAGCGCAAAGCACCGGCCAACGCCGCACAACAUAAUAAAACGCCUGUUUCAACAUCCUCUGCAAAUGCAGAGGCACAAGAACAGAACGAAGACUCAGACUCUGAUGCGGACGCCAGCGAUGGGGAGGAAAAGGAUUUAACUGGAGACGAAUCCGACAGCGAUAAACCACAAAACAACAAGAGCGAAGCUUAUGAUGAUGAUGAUGACGAUGAGGCUUGGGAAAGGCUUCAGGCCAAGCUAAACAAGCGUGAGAAGCUUGAAGGUAAAUCACGCAUAUCUCAUACAGUGCACUGUCCCUACUUCCCAGAGGAAAAGCAAGAAUACUGGUGGACAUAUAUCUGCGACCGGAAAUCGCGCUCGCUUCUCACGGCGCCCUACCACGUCACCAGUCUUGUGGAUAAGGAGGAAAUACAGUUGAAGUUUACAGCACCGCGUUGGCCGGGUCUGUACACAUUCACGGUCUGUUUAAGAUCAGACUCCUAUCUUGGCAUGGAUCAACAGCAAGAGUUGAAAUUGGACGUUAAGAAAGCGCCCGUCCCACCUACAGAUCACCCACAAUGGGACCUUAGUGAAUCGGAGCCCGAAAAUAAUGAACAGCAUGACAACUCUAGCGAUUUCACGACUGAUAGUUCCGAGGACGAGGGUACCGACUAGAUAUAUUAGAAUGCUAGCAUUUUAUUUUAUAAUUUUAUCAUAUUUUCACAAUGCUUUAGUUCAUGUUUUUUUUAUAUUCUUGGUUUACAAAUUCUCACAUCCUUAUGCGUUUUGAAUUGAUUGGAAAUAUGAUAAUAGGAGUACUGUCGAUAUGAUUCCAUCGACAUAACACACAUUAACUAAGAUUAAGAAUAAAUUUUAGGAACAUAUAAUUGACAUGGUUUUAGUAAAAAAUACUUACAUGUAGAUACAUCUAUUUGAGCAUUUGUCAAGAAAAAUUAAAUGAAAUUGUAAAACAGACUACAAGUUUUUUUUUAAAUGGUAGCAUUUAUGCUAGUUUUGUAUUACUUAUAAAAUCCAAUUUUACAAUUUGAAAUCAACACAGUAAAAGCAAAUAUUGAAGGUGUUUAAUGAUUAAAAUUUAUAACAAAUGGAGGCAAUUACAUUCUUGUUUAAUAUUCGACUUUUGCCGGUGAUGAUGGUCGUCAUUAGUGUAAAAACAUAAACGUAAAAAUAAAUUCACAGAAA